AUGGUCAGAGUGAAUUGUGAUUAUAUUCCAGCAUGGCCAUUUGUUUAUUACAAAACCAAAGAAAACUAUAGAGAAGUUUCAACAAUAUUACAUAUUCUAUGGCCUUUCUUUGUUUGGACUGAAAAAGCAGGUACAAAAUUAUUAGCGUUACUUUAUAUUUUAUUUCGUUUAACAUAUAAAGAAAAAGAUGAUCGUCAAUUUAUUGAUUUCUUUUGGCCAAUAAUUCAUAUUGAAUAUAAUAGUGAAGAGUUUAGAUUUGGUAUUAGACCAUUAUUAUGGAUUAUAUCUGGAAAAGGUAAAUUUAAAUUAUCAAUAGCUGGUAUAAUUAAUAUAUUUUCAAAGGAUGAUGGUGAAGAUGUUUGGUUUACAGUGGCGCCAUUCAUUUGGUAUAGAUAUUAUCGUGGUGAUGUAUUUUGGACCAUAUUUCCAAUUUUAUGGGUAACCAAGAAAAAUGACAGAUGGACUUAUUUAUUGAUACCAGUUGGUUUAUUGAAAUACAAACAAGGUAGUGGAUUUACAUUAAACAUUGCAUUGUUUAUUAAUAUAAUGUCAUAUCAAGGUGAUUUAUUCUCAUUUAUGAUUUUACCAUUCUUUAUCUAUCAUAAUAGAAUUGGUAAACGGCUAAGAGUGAAUGUGGCACUACUAUUCUAUUUCUCAAAAUCAAGUAGUUUCAAAAGAUUUGUAAUAUUUCCAUUCCUUUGGAGUAGUUGGUCAUCGAAUAAUACCACAUUUAAUUUCAUACCGAUUGUAUUGUACAUGAGAAGAUCAAGUAAUGUAUUUCUAUCGAUUUGCUUCUUUUAUUAUUAUAGAAAAAUUUCAAACUAUUUCAAAUUACAUUUCAUACCGUUGGCAUUGUUUUAUAAAUCAUCGGGUGACAGUAAUAAAUUUAUAAAUAUAGCUUUAUUAUAUACAUACAAAGGAAAUGAAUCGAAAUGGUGGCAUAUUGUUUUGCCAAUAUUUUGGUAUAGAAUGAAAAAAGGUAGUUCUUACUUUGUUCAUGUUUGGCCAUUAAUUGGUUAUAGAAGAUCAUGGAAACAACAUGGUCAUAGUAUUUAUUUCAUUUAUCCACUCAUUCAAUUCAAUACCUAUGAUCAUGGUGAAUGGGUUUAUAACCAUUUCUUUUAUAGAUUCAUUCACUAUUAUAGAAAUAAAGAAUCUGGUAGACUUAGAUAUGGUUUCUUCCCAUUCUUUGCCUAUAGUAAUUCUUUAUACUAUAAUAAAGGUCAUAUCCUAUUAUAUAUGUGGUAUUUCAAAAAAAUUCAAGCUUCAAUGAAAAAUAUUAAAAUGAAGGGUUUUGAAAUUAGUUAUCCAAGGAAUAUUCCAGUCAAUGAUAAUAUAAAUUUAGAAAAACCUUCAGAUAAUUUAGAAAUAUCUCCAUUACCACCUCCAACAACAACAACCGUAGAUUUAGAAAAACCAUCAGAUAAUUUAGAAUUAUCAUCAUCAUCAAAUAAAAUACAUUUAGAAAAAGAAUCAGAUUUAAUUCAAGAAAUGAAAACAUUAGGUAGUGGAAAUGAAGAUAAUAUUAUUAAUAAUGAUAUUGGUAGUAAUAAUAAUAAAGAAGAAGAAGAAGAAGAAGAAGAAGAAGAAGAAGAAGAAAAGAAAUCAAACAAUGAAGAAAUUUUAGAACAAUAUAGUUUUAUAUUUAGAUCAUUAUUACCAUUAGCAUUUUAUAUUAAUAGUGGUAAUGAUAGUAGAUUCUUCCUAAUUCCUUUAUUUAUAAUGAAAUGGUCAUUAGUUGAUAUUGAUAGUUAUUUCCUUUCACCAAUUUAUUAUCAAAGAAAAAUGGGAACUUAUUUAAAGAGAUUAAUUAUACCAAUUUUCUAUCAAAAACAUACUGAAGAUAGAGAUAUCAUUUUAUCACCAUUGUAUUAUUAUUAUAGAAAUUUAACAAAUUCAUUCAGAUUAAUAGCUCCAAUAUUUAUUGAUGUUCAUAAAGGUGAAACUCAUUUAAUGAUAUUGGUACUACCAAUGUAUAUUUAUUAUCGUAAAUCAAUAUUUAAAUUCCAAACAUUGUUCCCAUUCUUUUUUAGAACUCAAGAUGCAUCAAAGAAUGAACUCUUUACCUACUAUUUCCCAUUCUAUGGUAAAUCUUAUAGAGGUUCAAAGGUUAAUCGUUAUUUCCUUUUCCCAAUAUUCCGUAUUAAAUUGGGUAAAGAUGAGAGUAAAUUAUUUAGUGUGGAUUUCUUAUUCCCUCUAUUCCAUUAUGAAUCAAAUGGUACUGAUAAUAGUCAUUCAAUAAGAUUGUUGCCAUUCUUUUGGAAAUCAAAGAAUGAUUACAAUGAAAUGCUUUUAAUUAUGCCAUUAUUUUGGAGAUUCAUUACUGACAAAGAUACAAGACCUCAAAGAAAUACAUUGAUACUUCCAUUCUAUUAUUUCAGAGAUUCAGCAGAAUAUAUGUUUACUUUUGCUUCACCAGCUUUCUUACCACCUUAUUAUAUUCACUAUCAUAGAGAGGCUAGUAAUGUUGAAAAUCGUUAUCUCUUCCCAUUCUAUUCACAUCAAAUUAAAGGUUUAGAUCAUUUGAAAUGGUUCUGUUGGUUCUUGUAUCGUCAUACCUAUCGUGAUUUUAGUGAAAAUUUCACAAUGAAUAUCCUACUCUUCUUUAAACAUAAUAGUGAAAAGUAUUCAAUCACUGGGUUCGUACCACUUUGGGUAUAUUGGAAUAAUAAAGUUGAAAAUAGUAAACAUCUUCGUAUUGCUUUGUUAUUGGCAUAUGAUAAAAUAACAUCAACUUUGAAAGAUUUAACUAGAAUCUCUAUAAUUUGGUUUGUUACUACUCAUUUAACUUUGUUUUGUCAUAAAAAAGUUAUUAAACGUUCAAUCUCUAAAACCCAAAGUAUUGCAGAAUCAAUUGAUCAAAUGGUUUUAAAUGAAAGUCGUCCAACCGAUAGAGAAGUAGAUGUUUCAACCAUUCAAAAAUUAGAUAUAGUUUCAGAUACAAAGAAAACUUAUUUUUGGCCAGUAUUCCAUAAGAAAUCAGAAAGAAUUUCAGAUUAUAAUCAUUUUGCAUUACUUUGGUUUUUCAAACCAUUCAUUUCAUUCUUUUAUAAGAGUAAACAAUCAACUGAAAAUCUAUGGUACAUUUUCAUGCUAGUAUAUUAUAAAUUUGAUGUUUCUGCAACUACUUGUGCAAUCAUUUGGUUCUUCCAUCCAUUGGUUAGUUGUUUCCUUUAUGAAAUUUCACCAUUUUCUUCAAUCAUUAGAAUGUUUCCAAUAUUUUGGUAUCGUUCAAUACCAGAUUCUUCAAAACCUGUUGUUGAUGAAAAUUCCACCUCUAGUGCACAUUCUAGAAAACGUAGUUCAACUCGUGUUACAGUUAGUUCAAUGGCAUUAAGUAUCAUUUAUAUAGUACCAAACUUUGGACUUUUUAAUCUACGUAAGAGUUCAUAUAAAUUCUCUGUGUAUUUCUUACCACUAUUCUAUUAUCUACAUUCUAAAUUGGGUGAUGGUAUCAAGAUUUUCAGUUUAUUCUGGUUUGUUUCACCAAUUGUAUCAUUAUUUAAUUAUAAUCGUAUUGGUAAAGUUAUUACACAUAGAUUUGUACCAUUGUAUUAUAGAAUUACCAAUAAUGAUACUAAAGAAGUUCAAUCAGCAUAUCGCAACCUUUUCAGUUUUAUUUGGAUCGCUCAUCCAAAGAUUGCCUUUUUCCGUUAUGAUAGACACCAUGAUGGAAAGAGUAUUGUUUGUUUAUUCCCAUUAUUCUGGAGAAAGAAAGAUACAACCGAUUAUCAUUUAUCAAUUUUAUUCAUUGUUAGGAAGUUUGGUUUCAUUGAUUAUUGGAGUAGUAGUAAUGAUUUCAAACGUUUCUAUAUUUUAUUGCUUUACUUUUUCAAGAGAGAAAAUGAAAAGAAAUUGGUUAGUUUUAUUUAUUUAUUCCAUCCAAAAGCAGCUUUUAUCUUAUCGAAAUUCACACCAGAUUAUAGUAAAAUAUUUGUGUUCUUAAUACUUUACUUUAGAAAUUCAAUAGAGAAUGGUUUGGUUUUAUCAAUGUUUUGGAUUGCUCAUCCAAAGGUUGCAUUCAUCUCUUAUUGGUCAAAGAAUCAAUUCUCUCAUUUCCAUAUUUUCCUUUUCCUUUGGUUAUCAAAGAUUGAAGAGUAUGUUCAAUUCGGUUUACUAUGGAUUGGUGCUACCAAAAAAUCACUCUAUCAUAAUUCAAAUGUUAAUCAAGGUAUUCCAGAAAGUGAAAAAACUCAUCACAUUCGUAAACCCAUUAGUUUGUUCCUUGCCUAUAAUGAUGGUCAAAAUAAAACAGUUCACUUUAUGCCAAUCUUUAGAUAUUGGUCAAUUGAAUCCACUGGAUUGGAAAGAUUUUGGGCUUUAUUGGGUAUUGUUUACUUUUCUGCUAGAAAUUCAAACUCUCAAUUUAGAUUCUUUUAUCGUUGGAUUCGUGUUAAAACUGGAGCAAGUUUAUUCAUUUUCGAAUUUAAUCCAUUUUUUGCUUAUAAAAAGAAGAAUGAAAAUUCAACCGUUUUAAUCUUGGGUGGUAUGUGUGGUUGUUACACAAGUAUGUGUCGUGUAUGUUGUAUAGAAUGUUAA